AUGUCUCGUCGUACGAAUGGUUUAGCCGUCCCACAUGAUGAGGGUUUCGGUGAGGUUGUUCGUGCUUUGAAUGCUGUUGCUCAAGCAAUGCAACAACAAGUGAAUCUUAAUCAGAAUGCACCUCCUCCCCCUCCACCACCUAAUCAACGAGCUUUGUUAGUUAGAAGCGUGAAUGACGAGGAUAAGUUGGAUCUUGCUGUUUUUAAGCUUGAGGGUGAGUCCACUCGCUGGUGGGACUUGACUCGUCGUUCUAGGAAUGACGGUCUGUUUACCUGGGUAGAAUUUCGACUCGCCUUCCUAAAUAAGUACUUUCCACAAACUGCACGAAACCAACGCAUGAUCGAGUUUAUGCAGUUGACUCAGAGAAAUAUGACCGUAGCACAGUACCAAGCCAAGUUUGAAGAACUUUCUCGUUUUGCUAUUCAUCUGGUGGAGAAUGAAGAGCUGAAGGCUUUUAAGUUUCAGGAGGGACUUAGACCUUCAAUUAAGGGUAGGUUGUCUAUUUUGAAGAUUACCUCUUAUAAUGAGAUAGUGGAAAGAGCGAUGAUUGCUGAGAGAGACAUUGAGGAGGCAAAUCGAAUUAGAGAACGUCACAAUGGGGAUAAGAACAAGAAUAAAAAUAACAACCACCCAUACCAUAAGAAAGGAAAUGGACCGAAUAUGGAGCUUCCUGCACCUUCGUGUUAUCAUUGCAAGCAACCUGGACAUUUUAAGAGGAACUGUCCUGCACUUAUUUCUCAGAGGAACCAACAACCCUUUAUACCUCAGAACCAACGUCAAGGUUAUCAGCAGAACCGUCCUCAGAACAAUCCACCACAAUACCAAGCUCGACAGCCCCCUCAACAACCUAAGGCGUUCAACAUUGCUCAUGUUGGUCAGGAUCCGGAUAACUCAGUUGUUGAAGGCGUAGCUAGUGCGAUAGGCAGUAGUGCACGUAUUGACCGCGUGGCACGAAUGUGUGUAGUACGUAUAGCUAAGCAUGAGUUUUUGAUUGACCUUUUUGUGAUGAAUAUGUCUGGUUAUGAUGUAAUCCUGGGUAUGGAUUGGUUAUCUGCUCAUCAUGCUGUUUUUGAUUGUUUUCAAAAACGUGUGACUCUUCACUCGGACGAAGGGUCAGUUGUCCACUUUACCGGAACUCGUAGUUUUGCGUCUCCCCUUAUCUUGUCGGAAAGACAUUUCCGACAGACUCAUUCUAGAGGUUUUCUUUAUCACUUAGUGAUGAUAGGAGAUGAGCAACAAGAUUCUGUCUCUACUAUGGGUAUUCCAGUGGUAGAGGAGUUUGAAGAUGUUUUCCCUGAGGAAUUACCAGGUUUACCCCCAAGAAGAAAUGGACUUCACUAUUGA